AUGCUCAGUUCUUCCCUGAUGGCCUACGUUUUUGCAUGGGAAGAAGGCACCGACGGCGCCGAAGCGCAACCCACGGCGCUGGCACUACCGCAGCAGCCGGCGACCGCGGUUCCUGUGCCACAACCUGCAAGACUGGACGUCGACAACACGAGGGCACCUGAAUCCGUCAAUGCAGACGACGCCGGUGCAGCUGCACGUGAUCAGGAGGAGCAGGCGAACGAAGAAGCAGAAACCACGGAGACAGACGUUGCAGGUGGAACCGUGACGCAGGCGGAGGUGAAGCCGACGCCCGGAACAAACGCCUCGUGGUCGUGGCCCGCGACACCACCUGAGACGCCAGAGCGCGACGACGUGGCGCCGGCGCCUCGAACCAAACACGUACAGGCGCCCGAGACGGAGCCUGACAUCGACACCGCGAAGCCCGAAGGCUGCACCACGCCGCCGUCGCCGCCGCCGGUGCACGAUUCGGAGGGGUCCGACACGCAGAGCGCCGACGGCCGCGGGAGCCCAAUGCACGGGAUGCAGGCGGGCGCGAGCGUGAAGCGGGACGUGGCUGCCUCCAAGUCGAGGCUGUUCGCGUUCCGGUCCUUCACGCGGGACAAGAAGGUGAUCAAGUCCGCCGGGGCCGCAGACACGGCAUCUCCAGAUAGACAGAAGGCGGGGGAGGCGGCCGCGGAGAACAAGGAGAAGGGCAAGGAGAGGCGGAAGAGGUUCUGGAAGUGA